GAGCUGCGGGAGACCAAGCGCCGCCACGAGACCCGCCUGGUGGAGAUCGACAACGGGCGGCAGCGGGAGUUCGAGAGCAAGCUGUCCGAGGCCCUGCAGGAGCUGCGCAGCCAGCAUGAGGCCCAGAUUAAGCUUUACAAGGAUGAACUGGAGAAGACCUAUGGGGCUAAGCUGGAGAACGCCAAGCAGUCGGCCGAGAGGAACAGCAACAUGGUGGGCGCUGCCCACGAGGAGCUGCAGCAAACCCGCAUCCGCAUUGACAACCUCUCCUCCGAACUCAGCCAGCUGCAGAAGCAGCUGGCUGCCAAGGAGGCGAAGCUGCACGACUUGGAGGAUGCUCUGGCCAGGGAGCGUGAGACCAGCCGGCGCCUGCUCUCCGACAAGGAGGGAGAGAUGGCUGAGAUGCGUGCGCGCAUGCAGCAGCAGCUGGACGAGUACCAGGAGCUGCUGGACAUCAAGCUGGCCCUCGACAUGGAGAUCAAUGCCUACCGCAAGCUGCUGGAGGGCGAGGAGGAGAGGCUGAGGCUGUCUCCCAGCCCCUCCUCCCAAAAAGGGGGAUCUCGUGGCCAUGGGAUCCACUUCACCCCGGGCUCCUCCAAGAAGAGGAAGCUCGAGGACAGCGAGAGCCGGACCAGCUUCUCCCAUCACGCUCGGACGAGCGGGCGCGUCGGUGUGGAAGAGGUGGACUUGGAGGGCAGAUUCGUCCGUCUCCGGAACAAGUCCAACGAGGACCAGGCGAUGGGCAACUGGCAGAUCAAGCGGCAGAAUGGAGACGAUCCCCCCAUCACCUACCGCUUCCCCCCAAAGUUCACCUUGAAGGCUGGCCAGAUAGUCACGAUCUGGGCCUCGGGGGCUGGGGCGACCCACAGCCCCCCCAGCGACCUGGUGUGGAAAUCCCAGAGCAGCUGGGGCUCUGGGGAGAGCCUGCGGACUGCCCUGAUCAACUCCAACGGCGAGGAGGUGGCCAUGCGGAAGCUGGUCCGCACUGUGAUCAUCAACGACGAAGACGAGGAUGAUGAGGAUGAUGAAGUCAGCAUCCACCACCGCCAUCACCAUGCCAGCUGCAGCGGCUCUGGUGACCCCGGCGAGUACAACCUGCGCUCGCGCACGGUUGUCUGCGGCACGUGCGGCCAGCCGGCCGAGAAGUCGGGAAGCCAGAAGGACAUGGGGAUGGAGAAG